AUAGAGAAACAGGUUUCAGUGUGUUGUUCAUGCACAACUUGGUCCAUUUUAGUCAAGCUUAGUAGUUAUAUUGGUGGCACAAUGGCAGAGAAGCCCGCCGCGGUGGGAAAUAAAGUUGGUAAAUGUAUGCUGCACAACUGGGUGGAAGAGAGGGCCAUGGAGGAUGUUGACACUCAGGAAACGAGGACACAAAUCCAAAAACAUGGACACAAAGGGAUCAUCACAAUGGACCAGGAGUCUCAAAUGGAGAGUGUCACCACGCUGAGAGCGAAUUUCACUCCUCCCAAAGGUCCUGGGGUGAGGCUGCGGGGCAUCAGAGGCGAGCUUUUGGAAAAACAUAAUGCCCAGAGGAUAAGAGAGAAGGUUAAUGCUGAAAGGAACAAACCAAGUCCCAAAACUGACUUCUGCUCCACAACUCAGAGGGAUUUCUGUGUACAGGGAUUUGUGCCUCUUACCCCUGAAACAACCCAAGUUCAUGAUUACAAAUCUGACCAGGCCAUCACAUUUUGGAGUGAAAACUGCCAGCGGAUACAGGUGUGUGAGAUUAUUCCAACUGUUUGUUUGCUGUGA